ACUGCUAGCACGUUGAACAAACCAGCAGGUAUGAAAUGCAACCUCCGGGUAUCAAUCGUGCUGCACCGUGUUAGCACUAUGGGGGAAUGAAUUGUGAACAAUAUGGACUUGCUAUAUGGUCCAUUGGGCCUGGGUGUAGUAGCAGGACUGGGCUGUGGGCUCUUCCUCGGUUGGCACCUUCGGGCUCGCUUGGGCCCGACCUCCAAAAGCCUGAUGGCAGCGAUGGGGAACGGCACUGGUGAAGCAAGCGUGAUGGGCGAAGGGGGCGAGUUCAAGAUGAUACUAGUGGUCCGAAAUGACCUGAAGAUGGGUAAAGGGAAGGUGGCUGCCCAGUGCUCCCAUGCUGCCGUAGCAGCUUACAAACAGGUUCAACGCAGGAACGCCGAGCUUCUCAAACAAUGGGAGUACUGUGGCCAGCCCAAGGUGGUGGUGAAGGCCCCUGAUGAGGACACUCUGAUUGAUCUGCUAGGUCAUGCCAAAGAAGUGGGGCUUCCCGUCAGCCUGAUUCAGGAUGCAGGAAGGACGCAAAUCGCGCCCGGAUCACGCACUGUGCUGGGUAUCGGUCCAGGCCCAGCUGAUCUGAUCGAUCAAGUCACUGGAGACUUGAAGCUCUACUAGAGUCCCAGCAUGCAUCUGUCUGACUUGCAUACAAUGUCUUAGUUGUCAGAACUAUUUGCAAUAUAAACUAAGUUGGGCUACCAUGAGUUUAUAUUUUUUAUAAAACAACAAUUUACUUAAUUACAUGUUAACUACUUUUUUGGUGCAGUUUUGGACAUGUAUGCCUAUCACAUUUGUUGACUCUUGAAUGGCAGUAAUAACAGCUUCUGUGACCGAGGCAAAAACACCACAAACACAGUUCAUAUUCCGUGUUCUGUUCAGUCCGGCUGAGGCCUGUCUGAAGACAUGAUGCUCAGAAGAAACAGAUGAAAUAUUAUUGUUAAUCUCAUUAGAAACCCAGGACAAUAAGACUUUUUCACCAAGACUUUUUUCCUUGUCAUAGCAGGAACAGCACAGGUGUAAACUGAUAACAUUAAAGGGAAACUUUCCUGAUUCUAAA